CCUCACUGCCCCUAAAAGUUAAGGACCUUCUACAGAGAUACUGGAAUCGGUUCUCUGAUAAACAUAAAUCCGAUUAUAACUUCCCAUUAUAAUCCUUCAAAAUCUUGAAUUGAUCCUCUGAUUAUGAAGAGGAAUCUGAACCGAAUAUUCUACCUCAAUCCGAUGAUUCUCUUCAUUGUCUGAUCAUCAAAUCCAGAUUUAUUCAGUAUGUUAGCAUUGGUUCAUAAAAUAUUCAACAUUAUUAUUAUAUUAUAUCUCUAAAUGCAAUCAUCGCAUAACAAGAGUAAGUCGAAGAAGAAACCGAGUUUGAAACGUCAGAGAUCGAUUCAAGACGAGAUGCCUGUAACCGAUAGCGGCACUAUAUUCGCAGUGGAAGAGAUAGUGCAGUACCCGUUACCAGGUUACGGUGUGCCAACUUCGAUUAGCUUUAGCCCCGACGAUAGUUUGAUUGCGUACUUGUUUAGUCCCGAUCAGACGCUGUAUAGGAAAGUGUUUAUAUUCGAUCUGAAAAUCGGUAAGCAUGAAUUGCUUUUCAGCCCACCAGACGGUGGGCUCGAUGAGAAUAAUUUGUCUGCCGAAGAGAAGUUGAGGAGGGAGAGGUCGAGGGAGCGUGGACUCGGGGUAACACGUUACGAAUGGGUGAAUAUGAGCUCGAAGAGAAAGAGAAUCAUGCUACUUUUACCAGCUGGGAUAUAUAUUCAGGAUAUUGGUGUUGAGCCAGAGCUUAAACUUGCAAGUGCUUCUUCGUCGCCGAUUAUAGACCCGCACGCCUCUCCAGAUGGGACCAUGCUUGCUUAUGUGAUGAAUAAUGAACUGCACGUGUUAAACCUUCUGCACAACAAGUCAAAGCAGUUGACUUUCGGUGCAGAUGAGAAUUCUGUAACACACGGCCUUGCUGAGUACAUAGCGCAGGAGGAAAUGGAUCGGAAGAAUGGGUACUGGUGGUCACUCGACAGCAAAUAUAUCGCAUUCACCGAAGUUGACUCAUCUGAGAUACCUCUCUUUAGGAUCAUGCAUCAAGGCAAAGAUUCAGUGGGGUCAGACGCACAGGAAGACCAUGCGUACCCUUUUGCCGGUAGUUCAAAUGUAAAAGUUCGUUUGGGGGUUAUUUCAGCCACUGGAGGACCCGUUAGUUGGAUGAAUCUUCUCUGCGGUGACGAAGAAGACGAAGAAUAUUUGGCGAGGGUCAAUUGGAUGCACGGGAAUAUUCUCACAGCUCAGGUCCUCAACAGAAAACAUUCUAAACUAAAGAUUCUCAGGUUCAACAUCAAAACUGGCCACCGAAAAGUCAUCUUGGAAGAAGAGAACGAAACGUGGAUCAAUCUUCACAGUUGCUUCACUCCGUUAGAUAAACUACCGAAUAGAUCGUGCGCCGGAUUUAUCUGGGCUAGUGAGAAAACUGGAUACAGGCAUUUAUAUCUUCACGAUGUAAACGGAGUUUGUGUGGGACCCAUCACUGAAGGUGAUUGGAUGGUCGAGCAAGUUACUGGCGUAAACGAGGCUUCUGGCAUUAUAUAUUUUACCGGAACUUUAGAUGGUCCAUUAGAAUCUCAUCUUUACUGCACCGACUUAUUUGUAAAUGUGGGCCAUUCAUUACAGGCUCCAAGGAGGUUGACCAAUGGGAAGGGGAAACACGUGGUUGUACUUGAUCAUCAGUUGCAGAGGUUUGUAGAUAUCCACGAUUCGUUGGAUUCGCCUCCCAAAUUGACCGUAAACUCUUUGCUCGACGGAAGAUUGAUUGCAUCUUUUUACGAGCAGCCAUUGUGCAUUCCCAGAUUCAAGAAACUCCAACUCGAAUCUCCAGAAAUAAUUAAGGUAGACGCAAAAGAUGGAAUAACUACAUUGUACGGAGCAAUAUAUAAACCUGAUGCUGCAAGAUUCGGACCGCCACCGUACAAGACAAUGGUUCAUGUGUACGGUGGUCCAAGUGUACAACUAGUGUCCGAUUCUUGGAUAAACUCAGUUGACAUGAGAGCGCAAUAUCUCAGAAGUAAAGGCAUAUUAGUUUGGAAGAUGGAUAACAGAGGAACCGCACGACGUGGGCUCGAGUUCGAAGGUGCACUCAAGUACAAAUGCGGGCAGAUCGAUGCAGAGGAUCAACUAACCGGAGUUGAGUGGCUGAUAAACCAUGGUUUAGCCAAACCAGGCCACGUCGGGUUGUACGGGUGGAGUUACGGCGGAUACUUGUCGGCAAUGAUGCUGGCGAGAUUUCCGGAAGUUUUCAAUUGCGCGGUUUCUGGAGCUCCGGUGACAUCAUGGGAUGGGUACGAUACUUUCUACACGGAGAAGUACAUGGGCUUGCCUUUGGAAAACGGGCCGGGCUAUUUGGAGAGUUGUGUGAUGCGCCAUGUGGACAGCAUGAAGGGACAGCUGUUGUUGGUGCACGGUAUGAUUGACGAGAACGUGCAUUUUAGGCACACGGCCCGACUAGUGAACGCGCUUGUGGCGGCCCGGAAGAGUUACGAGCUGUUGAUAUUUCCGGACGAGAGGCACAUGCCACGUCAGCAUAGGGAUCGUAUGUACAUGGAGGAGAGGAUGUGGGAGUUUAUACAGAGGACCUUGUAAAUUAAAGUUUUGUUUUUUUUGUUAAAAUGUUGAGGUGAAGUUGUUAUUUCAACUUUCAAGAACAUGGAAAUAUUUCGGGGGCUCAAUCUUAACUUUCAAAUCAAAAUUCCAGAGGUAAUGUAUUUAUUUAU